AUGGCUGAGGGAACGUUCCUCCGUGCGCGUUAUUCCGUCCCUUCCCCCGCGAUACCGUACACAAUCGAGCGGCAAACGUGGCGCACGCCCACCCAUCUCAGUCUCCCCUCGCAGCUGAUCUGGCGGGUGCAGAUGCAUACCGAUCAGGCUCCGGCUGUCCACAAUUGGCUCAAAGGUCGCAUCAGCACACGACCACGACGAAUACAUGUCACGAGGGUGGCACGCAACUUCAAACUCGGAAGCCCGAUCGAGGCGCGCACCGCGUCCAGAAAGGGGCAGCGUCCAAACCUUGCGUGGCAGCCUCCGCCUCCGGUGGCAACUGUGAUGGCUUCUUCGGCAGAACCAGCCCACUGCCAGCACCGCGGUGUGUCAGCGGCGACGGUGUCAGCUUGA